CAAGUAGUGAGGAUGAGGUGUUACGCAUGGAUGCAUUGUUGGCGGCUCCUCCUCUGCUGCAAACACUUGUUUUAACUGGAAAGUUAAACAAGGUUCCGCUCUGGUUUCUCUCACUUGAGAGCCUUGCUGUCUUGUAUUUGCAUUGGUCAAGAUUAACAGAAGACUUUCUUCCUCACAUUCAUGCACUACCUAAUCUGACCAACCUUUGGCUAUGCAAUGCAUAUGUAGGAAACCAGUUGCUCUUUCAAACUGGGUUCCAAAAGCUUGCUGCUUUGUACCUAACCAAUUUUCCUCAGUUGAAUCUGAUCACCAUAGAGAAGGGGGCAAUGCCGGCAUUGAAGACGAUGGACAUUUCUGAAUGCAUGGAGUUAAAGCGCUUGCCUCGCGGAAUCAAACAUCUGACAUGUCUCCAGAAGUUGCAUUUGCACAGGGUUUCCAAUGAACUUGUGGAGCACAUGCGCCGAGAACGAGGUGUGGAUCAUUCCAACGUUAAACACAUCUCUGAUAUUCGUCUUUUCCACUAAGAGGAUUUUCCUUCUCUACAAUAAGCUGAAGACAGGUCAUGGCUUGGUAAAAUGGAGCUUCAAAGAAUUCACUACACCAUCCAGUUCUUCUC